UAAGACAGCCGACUUGUGUGAGAGUCAUGUCCGAAAUCAACACAAAGUGAGAAAAAGACAAGGGCAACAGAGAUUACCAUGUACAAUGUCCUCUAAGACAAUAGUACAAGGAAAGUGCCCAAAUGAUACGAUAUCCCGUAAUACACGUGCAAAAGAACUUGGUUGUGAAAAUAUUAAUAACUCUUGUAAAGAUUCUAGUGACUUUGUCUACCACUGUGUUUUAAAUGAAUGGGGCAAUGGCUCUUUAGAAGUAUGUGCGCCAUCAACGAAAAUUAUAGGACAAUUUUGUGUUGAAUAUAAUUUAGGCGGAUCUAUAGUUCAGGAACACCACAAAACAAACAGAACCUGUACUUCUUGUCCUUUUGUUUACAACUCAACUGAAAGUUUUCGUUACAGUGAAUGCUUCAAAGGACUUUCAUCAAUGCCAACAGGUUCAACAAAACAAAGUUAUCUUCCUUUGUCAAUAGAUCAAUGGAUCGGACCCGUAGUUUUACUGGGACUCAUUCUCCUUAUCGCUGCAACAACCUUUUGUGUGCUGAAGAAAAGAAUUACAUCCAAUGGACAACACAUUUCACUGUCAGUGAUUAAAGACAGGCAGAAUGCAUGAUUAGGAAUUUCCUUGAAAUUUAUAGGAGACGAAGAAAAGCGUUUUGAAAACGAAACGAACGAUCCGUUUCAAAAAACGUUGAAUAUUAACACGUAAUAUGACAUUAUGAAUCCUUUACAAAAAAAAUCAUCAACGCUUACAUUUUAUUGUCUGUACUGUCAAUUUGAAAAACCAAAGAAUGUGAAACAUAGGAUACGUACAGACUGUUCCUUGCCACACAGGAAUUUAUACACCAUAAAAUAUACAUCAUUCCAUAGACUCUAUUUUCCCGUCAUAUACAAGAAGGAUAUAACUGAUAACUUCCUACCAAACCUAAAUGUCAUCACCUGUUGAGGAGGAGAUUGUAUCAUUGUACCUACAGUUACCUCUUUCUAGCUUAGAGAAAAGAGGAGAUAGACAUUAUCCAGUAUGUUUUGUAUUUCAAUGCAAAGUGUCAGCAAUUUGCAAUAUUGUUGAGUGACAACCAUUUUUUUAUUGGUUUUAUACAAGAAUGUAUAUUAUAUUGUUUUUCUACAACUGUUUAUUAAAUGGGUACUUUAUUUACUAGUAUUAAUAUAUUUUGCAUUUAUGUGUACGAAUAUUUUUCUUCGACCUCUCCUAUUGUUUUUUAUACGAAUGAUAUAUUAUCUAACAUGCAUUUGGUAAAUCAUUAUUGUGUACUUUGAAAGCCCAGAGAUUUUGUCUUGUGAUUUUAUCACUUACUGACAUUUACAUUUUUUUAAAUUUAUAAUUAAUAUAAAUAUCACAUCAUUUAUUUGUCCUUUACAUAACUCGCUCUUAUUCUAAGUAUGAAGAUAAAAUGACUUGCAUAAUCUUUUAAAUUAUAUUUACAUGAAUUACAUGUGAAUCCUUGGCGUGUAGAAGUUGGGAAAUAAAGAAACAAAUAAAACAUGUGAAAUUUACGUGAAAAUUUGAUAGGAUUUGACACAACUUUCAUAUAAAUUUCACAUGAAAAGCUUAAAACAUGCGAUGAAUGACAGAUUAAUUCAGAUGAAUAUCAAAGUUCUUAAAAAAAUAUGUAAAUAUAAUUCACACCAAUUCAUAUGAAAUUCGAAUGAGGAACGAAAUAAUAUAUUUUUUACAUGAUUUCCGAACAAUUAUAAACUAAAAAAGAAAAAAAAUUACAUGCAUUCCAUGUGAGCGAAUUACCCUUUCUUAAGCAAAUGAAACGUAUAAAACAAAUCUCCUAGAGUGGAAAUACGACAUGCAUUGCUGCAUAUAAGUAUGAGAGAUUUUCACUCACAAGGAUUCACAAACAAUAAUUUUUUGUGAUUUCGACAAUUUGUUUUAUUAAUGAUUGAAACACGCCUCUUCACAAUGGUAUUUCUUUCCUGUAGAUUGAAGAUGCUGUUAUAUUACAGCAAACCAGCAGAAAGAUAAUGCCAUCGGCAGCUACAAAUGAAGAAGAUCGUGAGUAUCUUCUUAUUUCAAUAUCUAACUAUGAAUGAUACUGAGAUUAACGAAACAAAUCAAACGUUUAUUGUGCACGGAAGACAUUGGUCGUAAUAUAAUUUCUUACAUUUAUUAGAUGAAUAUUAUAUGUAGUACCUGCUAUACACAUGUUUUCUUUCUAAUUUUGGAGAAAAUCAUUCUCUCUUUCUCUCCAACAAAAAAUACACAGCUAUGUUAUUUGGGUUCAAUCAUUUCAAAUCACUGUAAAAUUCAUCGAUUGUCUUGCUUUGUAACUAAAAUAAAUACAUAUGAUAUCAGGAAUAUCUUCAAUACGAAUUGAUAACGGUGUAACAGAUUUCUCUCCGAUGAAAUUAGGGGUUGAAACAACGGAUAAAUUUGGACUUUAACUUUUUCAAUUAAAUUCUCAUGAACAAUUUUCUAUUUUAUAUCCUAAAAUUAAUUGACCCUGUUUGCAUAACUUGA